AUGUUAAAAACAAGAAUUUUUGAUGAAUGCCAUAAAUUAACACCUGCCAAUUUUAAAAAUAUUCGUCAGGAAUUCCAAGACCGAUUAUACUACUGUCAAGAAGUAAAUGACACGAGUAUUGCAAUUGUUUCACCGUCAAAAUCAAAAAAUAGCUAUAAAAAACAAAUAAACUUUGAUCAUACACCAACUCGACCAACCUCUCAUAAUUUGAAAGAUCGAGAAAUUUUUAUUAAUAUUCUUCGGGGAAUGACAAGUAUGAAGUAUGAAAUUAGGGAAAAUACAAAAAAACUCAACAGAAUUGAAAACAUGUUAAAUGAUAUCAUGAAAAACUCAAAUAAACAUUUAUCUUCAUCAUUGCAGACCAACAAUGAUAGUUUAAUUGAAAAUAAUUAUUUUAGUAUAUUUCCAUUAAAGAAUAUGGACGAAUUAACUAUACUCGAAGACAAGUUAAAUGAUAAUGACUUCCGACUAAAAUUGCAAUCAUAUUUAGCAAGACUGGAACGGCCGUCGGUGUCUGAUAUGACUCGUCAAAUAAUGGCAAAAAUGUUCCACAACAACCUUUUGGCACAGUUUUCGUACGCUGGCCAAAAGAAAAAAAAGAUAUUUUCUAUUCUUAAUUCUUGUACCAUUAUAUUCGCUAGUGUACGAAGUGUUCAAGCUCACAGAAACUGUACAGACUUAGAAAUAUUGAAAAAUAUGAAUUUUUUCGUGGCAAAUGCCAAAUUUAGGGAAGAAAAAAAAUCAAAACAAUAG